GCAGCGCGCCCAAGAUGGCGGCGCGGUCGUCGUCGGGGGUGGUAGCGGCAGAGGGGGCGGCGGCAGUGGCAGCAUUGGGGACGGCAGCCGUGAAGGCGACGGUGGCGCAGGGCCGGGGACGGGGGGAAUGAGGAGGCCGCGGCGGGCCAGCGGCGGAGCUGUGUAGCGGAUAAGCGGCUCCCCCUCCUUCCCUUGGUUGAGUCGGGGGCGCGCGCGCGAGCGCGCGGCCGUCCGGAACGGGCUUCCCACCCUCCACUCCCGCGACCCGCACGGCACCCCCACCCGGGCCCGGAGGAUGAUGAAGCUCAAGUCGAACCAGACCCGCACUUAUGACGGCGACGGCUACAAGAAGCGGGCCGCGUGCUUGUGUUUUCGCAGCGAGAGCGAGGAGGAGGUGCUACUUGUGAGCAGUAGUCGCCAUCCCGACCGAUGGAUUGUCCCUGGAGGAGGAAUGGAGCCAGAGGAGGAGCCAAGUGUGGCAGCAGUCCGUGAAGUCUGUGAGGAGGCUGGAGUAAAGGGGACAUUGGGAAGAUUAGUCGGGAUUUUUGAGAACCAGGAAAGGAAGCACAGAACAUAUGUCUAUGUGCUCAUUGUCACGGAAGUGCUGGAAGACUGGGAAGAUUCAGUUAACAUUGGAAGGAAGAGGGAGUGGUUUAAAAUAGAAGAUGCCAUAAAAGUGCUGCAGUAUCACAAACCGGUGCAGGCGUCGUAUUUUGAAACAUUGAGGCAAGGCUACUCAGCCAACAAUGGCACCCCGGUCGUGACCACCACAUACUCAGUUUCUGCUCAGAGCUCUAUGCCAGGCAUCAGAUGACUGAAGACUUCCUGUAAGAGAAAUGGAAAUUGGAAAUUAGACUGAAGUGCAGAUCUUCCCUCUCACUCUUGCUCUUUUCACCUCUCUUCACAGGCCUCCUCUUUCAAAUAAGGCAUGACGGGCAGCAGAGGAAGGGUUUAUUGAUAAUGUUCCUGUUUGGUGUUAAGUGAUGGGGCUUUUUCUUCUCGUUUUUUUUUGAGGGGGGUGGGGGUUGGGUAUGUAAUUUGUAAGUACUUUUGUGCAUGAUCUGUCCCUCCCUUUUCAUACCUCUACAAUUCUCUAAAAAGAGGCAGACAGCCUUCCCUUUGCCUUGGAUUCUGAAGUAUUCCUCUUUGUCUCAUCCCAUCCCUGGCCAGACAUUUUUCUUUGAUUUUUAAUUUUUUUAAAUUAAAAGCUACCAAUAUGAGAUAAAAACUUUCAAGAAUUUGUUCUGUAAUGUGCUGUUCAGUCCAGUAGGUUGGUCAGUUUCACUGCAGAAUACAUUUAUCUACACAUUAUAUACUGGGCAUAUAAUAUGUAAAUAAAUGACUUUUAGAAGAAAAAUUUAACAGUUUAAA